AUGGUUUUUGGGUGGAAUUUCUGGGCAGCUCUGUCUGCUGUCCUCCUUGCAGCCCAGACAUUCCCGCACACCAAUAUUAAAAUAAGCCAAGCGUUGCCAGAGUCGAUCCUGUCUUAUUCUUGUCCUCUCUUCUGGACCGAAUAUGAAGGCUACUGUUACCGGUAUUUUCCCAUUAAUAAAACUUGGGCAGAAGCAGAUCUGUACUGCGCAGAGUUUUCCAUCGGCUUAAAAUCAGCCAAAUUAGCAUCUAUUCACAGCUGGGAAGAGAACGUCUUCGUCUACGACCUUGUAAACAGCAGAGUGCCUGGUAUACCCACGGAUAUCUGGAUGGGAUUGAACGAUCUUAGACAGGAGAGCAACUUUGAAUGGACAGAUGGCUCUCCAUAUGACUAUAACUACUGGGAUGGCAAUCAGCCAGAUGACGGGAUCCACGCUAUACCGGAGGAGGAAGACUGUGUGCAGAUCUGGUACAGAUACAGCAGUGCUUUACGGUCCUGGAACGACAAUAGCUGCAGCCGAGAAUUUCCAUUUGUGUGUAAGAUCCCAUCCUUGGCAGCUGAUUAA